AUGGAAGCUAUCAAGAAAAAGAUGCAGAUGUUGAAGUUAGACAAGGAGAAUGCCAUUGACAGAGCAGAGCAGGCUGAAACGGAUAAGAAGGCAGCAGAGGACAAAUGCAAACAGGUGGAGGAUGAGCUGGUAGCUCUGCAGAAGAAGCUGAAAGGAACUGAAGAUGAGCUGGAUAAGUACUCGGAGGCUCUCAAGGAUGCCCAGGAGAAGCUAGAGCAGGCUGAAAAGAAGGCCACUGAUGCUGAAGGUGAGGUGGCAGCUCUCAACAGACGAAUCCAGCUAGUGGAAGAGGAGCUGGAUCGUGCCCAGGAACGGCUGGCCACAGCCUUGCAGAAGCUGGAGGAGGCUGAGAAAGCAGCAGAUGAGAGCGAGAGAGGAAUGAAGGUUAUUGAGAACAGAGCAAUGAAAGAUGAAGAGAAAAUGGAAAUUCAGGAGAUGCAGCUGAAGGAGGCGAAGCACAUCGCCGAGGAGGCUGACCGCAAAUACGAGGAGGUUGCUCGCAAGCUGGUUAUUUUGGAGGGUGAACUGGAAAGAGCUGAGGAGCGUGCAGAGGUGUCUGAAGUUAAAUGCAGUGACCUUGAGGAGGAGUUAAAGAACGUCACCAACAACCUGAAGUCCUUGGAAGCUCAGUCUGAAAAGUACUCGGAAAAAGAAGAUAAAUACGAAGAAGAAAUCAAGAUUCUCUCUGACAAGCUUAAAGAAGCUGAAACUCGUGCUGAGUUUGCAGAGAGAACAGUUGCCAAACUGGAGAAGUCUAUUGAUGACCUGGAAGAUGAGCUGUAUGCUCAGAAGCUGAAGUACAAAGCGAUCAGUGAGGAGCUUGACCAUGCUCUCAAUGACAUGACCUCCCUAAAAACUUGCUCAAGCCAAAGAAGAGAACUUGGGGUUACAUCAGACACUGGACCAGACACUAAAUGAACUGAACUGUAUAUGACAUGGCGGAGAACCCCCAGCGGCCAAGGGACCCUUCUCUCUGCAUUUACUUAUUGCUCCUCUCUCCUCUCUCUCUCUCUCUCCUGGAACAACCAAUAAGUUAUGAACAGUCAGACACCCACAGAGCCCCUCCAGGGGGUCAGCAGCACGGCUGUGGCUUGUCCUGGCAGUUCAUUAGUCCUGUUAAUGUACCUGGUAGCAGCUGUACCCCUGCUGUAGCGUCACCCGCCGCGAGCCUCUGAUGGACCUUUCAUAUUAAACA